AUGUUCAGUUUAGCUAUGUUUCUUGGCUCAUAUUUAUCUGGUCUUAUUCCACUUGCAUUCAAUCUUUCUGAAACAAAAAUGCGUUAUGUUACUGUACUUGGUGCUGGUCUAUUAGUUGGUACAGCAUUAGCUGUUAUUAUACCAGAAGGUGUUCAUGCACUUUAUAUGAGUGAAUUAGAAACAAAUCAAAUGCAAACUCAACAUGAAUUUCAUUCUGAUCAUAAAAUAGUUCGUCGACAUUUAAAUCAAAUUGAUCAUGGUAUUAAAGUCCCUAUUGCAAGUGAUGUUAAAGUCGAUAAUGAUAUAAAAGGUGAUGCUUUACCACCAGCUCAUCAACAUACAGCUGAUCGACCAAGAGAACUAGGUUCAGAAAUUGGACAUAAACAUUCAGAUACAACACAUUCAGCUAUUGGUGUUACACUUAUACUUGGUUUUGUAUUUAUGCUUAUUAUUGAUAAUUGUGGUUCAAGAAUUAUUCGACAUCAUGGAACUCAAAUUCUGGAUUCAUCGGGUGCAGUUAUUAUAUCUAAACCAAAAGCAACCUGGACAGCAACAUUAGGUCUUGUGGUACAUGCAGCUGCUGAUGGUAUUGCAUUAGGUGCAGCAUCAGCGACAAGUCGAUUUAAUGUUGAAUUAAUUGUAUUUAUGGCAAUUAUGCUUCAUAAGGCACCAGCUGCAUUUGGUCUCGUUUCAUUUUUAAUGUCUGAUGGUGUUGAUCGUAAACGAAUACGACGUCAUUUAUUAGUCUUUUCUUUAGCUGCUCCUCUAAUGGCUAUAUUUACUUUUGUACUAUUAAAAAGUAGAAUUCGUGACACCUAUUCAGUUGAUUCAACUGGUUUAGCUAUGUUAUUUAGUGCUGGUACAUUUUUAUUUGUUGCAACAGUACAUGUUUUACCUGAAGUACAAUCUCAUUAUGAUGAUCGACAAUUUCGUGCCAUUGAACUUCUUAUUCUUAUUAUUGGAUGUUGUUUUCCUAUUAUUCUUUCAAUGGGACAUAAGCAUUAG